AUGUCUGGAAAGAAAUGUAAGCAUUGUGGUUCAUCAGAGAUAGAAGUAGACCCAGCUCGAGGUGACGCAGUAUGUACCAAUUGUGGUACAGUUCUUGAAGACAAUAUAAUAGUGGCUGAGGUUGAAUUCCAAGAAAACGCGCAUGGCGGUGCUUCAGCUAUUGGUCAGUUCGUGUCUGCGGAGUCAAAAGGUGGCGCCUCAGGAUUUGGAAGAGCUUUUACUGUCGGGAUUGGUCAGGAAUCAAGAGAAGUGACUCUGAGAAAGGCUCGCGAUGGCAUUACAGCACUUUGUCAACAAUUACGUCUUAAUCAGCAAUGCAUUGACAUUGCCUGUAAUUUCUUCAAGAUGGCCUUAUCACGCCAUCUCACCAUCGGACGUCCAUCUAGUCAUACUCAAGCUGCCUGUGUUUACAUGACAUGUAGAACAGAAGGAACUGCACAUCUUUUAAUCGACAUAAGCGAUGCACUUCAAAUAUGCUGCUAUCAACUCGGUCGCACUUACUUCAGGCUGUCUAGAGCACUUUGUAUCAACAUUCCACCCACUGGUAAGUGA